GGAGACGAACUACCGGCCAUAGCUAGAAGAAGAAGAAGAAGAAGCAGCAGCAGUAGAGAGCUCUGGAGAUGACCAAGAAGCUCACACAAUCGGAACCACAACUCGCCAUGGAGCUCGACCUCGACUCGUUCCUCAACUCACACCUCUCCUCCUCCUCCUCUGACUCCGACCACGACCUCACCUCCGUCCCUCGCCGUACGAUCGACGAAAUCCUCAACGACACCGAUUCAUCCAGGUCAGCAUCCCCCUCCUCUUCCCCGCGUAGUUCGACCUUAUCUCAGUUCCUCGCGUCCGAUCCCAAACCGCCACAGAGCGACGCCGUUUCGGUCGCCAGCGGAAGAACCGAGGGAGCGGCGCGGUUGAGUCAAUUGGAGGAGAAGGCGGUCCGGCCGGGUUUGAAUUUGUACAGCCGGGCUAGGUCCGGGGAUUUCCCGGACGAUUCGGUCGGGAGAGUUUCGAGGCCGUCGCCGUGGCUGUUGGGAGGUGUGAGGACGAAUGCGAAGCCCGGGGCCGCGCUCGCGGCGGCUGCGGCGGCUUCGAGGUCGAUGCCGACGCCGCACGCCGCGGCGAUCAAGUCGAGGAGGAGCGCCGGGAGCGGGAGUUUCCAGAAGGUUGUGGAGGCUGCGGAAUUGGGUGAGAGAUCGGAGGGAGGGUCCAAUUUUAACGGGGAUAGCAAUGCGGUUGGUUCCGAAACGACGCCGUCGAAUUCGAAUGAAGUAGAGGAGGAUUUUGGUGGUGAGUUGGGGAGGAAAGAUGAGGUUUUGGAGAGGGAGAGGGAGGUAGAGCAGGUGAGUCAGGUUGAUGAAGUUAGUGCUGGCAAUGCUGGUGAAGAAUUGGAUGAGAAUUCAACAAAUUUAGAUGCAACUGAUGUUAAAGAUAAUGAAUUGGAUGAGAAUGUUCGGGUUUCGGAGGAAGGUCCACCAGAGGAAGAAGAUUUAGAUGAAAAUAGUCUUUCUUUGAAACAUGGUGAUGUUAAGGAUGAGCCUACUGGUGAGGAUGAGCAGCAUCUUGGUGGUAAUAAUGGUGAUGAUGAGGUUGGUGAUAAUGACAAUGAUAAAGAUGGUGAGGAUCAUUUUGAUGAUGAUGAUGAUGCAUUGGGAACUUCAAUCACUCAACUUGUGGAGGAGAGAAUCGAGCAACUAGAGAGCAGGAGGAUUAGUAAAAAAGCGGAAAAGAAAUCAAGAAAGCCACUUGAAAUCGCCGAAGAGCUAGAGAAGAAACAAGCUUCAACUGCUUUGGAUUGGGAAGAGGGUGCUGCUGCUCAACCUAUGAGACUUGAGGGUGUUCGGAGAGGGUCCACCACAUUGGGAUAUUUCAAUGUUGAUGCUAAAAAUACCAUUACGCGGACCCUUUCUGCUCCGGCUUUGAGGCGUGAUCAUGGUACGCCACAAGUACUGGGAGUUCACAGUAAUUACAUUGCAAUAGGAAUGUCGAGAGGGGUUGUCCUUGUUGUCCCCAGUAAAUACUCUCCUUAUAAUGCUGACAACAUGGAUGCAAAGCUGAUAUUUCUUGGAUUGCAAGGAGAGCGGUCUUAUGCUGCGGUAACUUCUAUAUCCUUCAAUCAGCAAGGGGAUCUACUCUUAGCUGGAUACGCCGAUGGUCACAUUACAGUUUGGGAUGUUCAGAGGGCAUCCGCUGCCAAAGUAAUUACCGGAGAACAUACAGCUCCAGUUGUACAUACUUUUUUUUUGGGGCAUGAUUCUCAGGUCACACGUAAUUUUAAGGCAGUUACUGGGGAUAGUAAGGGUCUGGUACUGUUACAUUCCUUCUCUGUGGUUCCCCUGCUUAAUAGAUUCUCCAUCAAAACACAGUGCCUUCUAGAUGGACAAAAAACAGGCACGACGCUGUCAGCUUCACCACUCCUCAUUGAUGAAUUGAGUGGAAGCUCUUCACUUUCCUCUCAGGGAAAUGCGAUGGGUUCAGGCAGCAGUAUUGGUGGUAUGAUGGGUGGUGUGGUUGGUGGGGAUGCAGGUUGGAAACUCUUCAAUGAAGGAUCCUCUUUGUUUGAAGAAGGUGUGGUCGUAUUUGUCACCCAUCAAAAUGCUUUGGUGGUAAGACUAACUCCCACUUUGCAUGUCUAUGCACAACUUUCUAAACCAGAUGGGGUUCGGGAGGGUUCCAUGCCUUGUACUGCUUGGAAAUGCACAACUCAAUUGCAUAAUUCACCUACUAAUAGUGAGAAUACGCCUACUGAAGCAGUUGAAAGAGUUUCAUUACUUGCAAUUGCUUGGGAUCGGAAAGUUCAGGUAGCAAAGUUGGUCAAAUCAGAGCUGAAAGUAUAUGGUAAAUGGUCUCUUGAAAGUGCAGCCAUAGGUGUGGCUUGGUUGGACGAUCAGAUGCUGGUGGUUCUCACGAUAACUGGACAACUUUGUUUGUUUGCAAAGGAUGGAACUGUAAUUCACCAAACAAGUUUUUCUCUAGAUGGUUUUAGAGGGGAUGAUCUCAUUUCUUAUCAUACUCACUUCAUCAAUGUAUUUGGAAACCCUGAAAAAGCUUAUAACAAUUGCAUAGCUGUAAGAGGAGCUUCUGUAUAUGUACUUGGACCUACUCAUCUUAUUGUUUCCCGGCUUCUCCCAUGGAAGGAACGGAUUCAGGUUUUACGGAGAGCUGGUGACUGGAUGGGUUCUUUGAACAUGGCAAUGACAAUUUAUGAUGGCCAAGCUCAUGGUGUUGUUGACCUUCCUAGAACUCUGGAUGCUGUACAGGAGGUCAUAAUGCCCUACCUGGUUGAGCUGCUUUUGUCAUAUGUAGAGGAAGUUUUUUCUUAUAUUUCAGUAGCAUUCUGCAACCAAAUUGAAAAAAUGGAUCAAGUUGAUGCCUUAAACAGACAAAGUAGUACUGUGCACACUGAAAUUAAAGAGCAAUACACCCGUGUUGGUGGGGUUGCAGUUGAAUUCUGUGUCCAUAUCAAGAGGACUGACAUACUUUUUGAUGAGAUCUUCUUGAAGUUUGUAGCUGUUCAACAGAGAGACACAUUUUUGGAACUAUUGGAGCCUUAUAUAUUGAAGGACAUGCUUGGUUCUCUUCCGCCUGAGAUUAUGCAAGCUCUGGUAGAACAUUACAGUCACAAAGGGUGGUUACAGCGUGUUGAGCAAUGUGUCCUUCACAUGGAUAUUUCUUCAUUGGAUUUCAAUCAGGUUGUUAGGUUAUGCCGCGAGCAUGGAUUAUAUAGUGCCCUGGUGUAUCUUUUCAACAAAGGAUUGAAUGAUUUCAGGUCACCAUUAGAGGAGCUGUUGGUGGUCUUGCGAAAUAGUCACAAAGAAGGUGCUAUGGCCCUUGGAUACAGGAUGCUAGUUUAUUUGAAGUACUGCUUUUCAGGCCUUUUUUUUCCACCAGGACAAGGAAAAAUUCCUCCUUCACGCUUGCCAUCUCUCAGAACAGAACUUUUGCAGUUUUUAUUGGAGGGUUCUGAUGCCCCUAAUUCAAGAGCACUCUCAAGCGAAUUCCCAGGAGGAGAAUAUCUCAACCUUUAUUAUCUCUUAGAGCUAGAUACUGAAGCUACUUUAGAUGUUCUGAGAUGUGCUUUCACAGAAGUUGAAACCUCGAAAUGGGACUUCUCUUCUCAAAAUUCAGCUGAUGCAGAUACAGAGCUGCAGUAUGGGAAUAAUUCAACGGCUCAAAGUCAGGAUUCAUUGGUCCAGAAUACAAUUGAUACUCUUAUUCACAUUAUUAGUAAGGACAUUCCCCAGAAGGAUGGAUCUGCUAGCAGUGUUGACUCUGGAUCAGUCGUAGAGUGGCCUUCAAAGAAAGAUAUUGAUCAUCUAUUCGAGUUUAUUGCAUAUUAUGUUGCAUGUGGAAAAGCUAAUGUCUCGAAGACUGUACUUUCUCAGAUUUUGGAGUAUUUGACAUCAGAGAAUAACUUUCCAACGUCUGUUUCUGGAGAUAGCAUGAUUUCAAAAAGAAGAGAGAAGCAGGUUCUUGGCCUUCUUGAGGUAGUGCCGGAGACUGAUUGGAAUUCAUCUUCUGUGUUACAGCUAUGUGAGAAAGCACAAUUUUACCAGGUAUGUGGCCUAAUUCAUACCAGCAGACAUCAGUAUAUUGCUGCCCUGGAUUGCUAUAUGAAAGAUGCAGCCGAACCCAUUCAUGCCUUUGCCUUUAUCAACAAAACAUUGUUACAGUUGACUGACGAUGAAUGUGCUGCUUUUCGAUCAGCAGUUAUUUCUAGAAUUCCAGAGCUAUUUAACUUAAACAGAGAGGGUGCAUUCUUCUUGGUCAUGGACCAUUUUACCAGUGCAGAAGGUUCUCAUAUCCUAUCUGAACUUCGCUCCCAUCCACGAAGCCUUUUCCUGUACUUAAAAACAGUGAUUGAGGUUCAUUUAUCUGGCACCCUCGACUUCUCAAGUUUAAAAACCGACAAUCUUAUGGGAGUAAAGGAUCAAACAAAAGGAGUUGAGGCUUUCUUGGAAAGGGUCUCUAGUUUCCCACAGCUUUUGCGUGAUAGUCCUAUUAAUUUGACUGAUGAUAUGAUUGAGCUUUAUCUGGAGCUGUUAUGCCAGUUUGAAUGCAAAUCAGUUCUCAAAUUCCUAGAGACAUUUGAUAGCUAUCGCGUGGAGCACUGUUUACGCCUCUGCCAGAAAUAUGCAAUAAUAGAUGCUUCAUCAUUCUUGUUGGAGAGGGUUGGUGAUGUUGGAAGUGCACUUUUACUUACACUUUCCACCCUCAAUGACAAAUUUAUCAAGCUUGAAACUGCUGUUGGUAGUCUAAAUUUAAGUGGGGCUUCACGUGGUUCUGCUAGUACAGAAUACUUGAGCAAUGCUUUGAAAGUGGAGGAGGUGAAUGAUAUAGACAGUAUAUUGCAUGCAUGUAUAGGAUUGUGCCAACGGAACACCCAUCGUCUAAAUCCUGAUGAAUCAGAGGCACUCUGGUUCAAAUUGCUUGACUCGUUUUGUGAGCCUUUAAUGGAUUCGUUUAGUGCUGGUACGGUAUCUAAAGGAGAAGAUCAUAAUAGAAUGGUAACCAAUUCAUUGCAUUCACAAGAGGAUGAAAUUAAUUUCACCAUCAAGUGGAGAAUCCCAAAGGCUCAUAAAGGUGCUGAUAUUUUAAGAAAAUUGUUUUCUCGGUUCAUCAAGGAGAUUGUUGAGGGCAUGAUAGGGUAUGUUCGCCUUCCAACUAUCAUGUCAAAGCUCCUUUCUGACAAUGGUAGCCAGGAAUUUGGUGAUUUUAAAUUCACAAUAUUGGGGAUGCUUAGCACAUAUGGCUUCGAAAGAAGAAUUCUGGAUACUGCCAAGUCCCUGAUAGAAGAUGAUACAUUCUAUACUAUGAGCAUCCUCAAGAAAGGAGCCUCACAUGGGUAUGCUCCUCGCAACCCAAAAUGUUGCAUAUGCGAUUGCCUCCUUGACAAGAACUCUUCCAGCUACAUUCGCAUUUUCAAUUGUGGUCAUGCAACACAUCUUAAAUGCGAAGUUUCAGAGAAUGAAACAUCAAGUCGUAGCUCGUCCUCUGGAUGCCCAGUUUGUAUGCCCAAGAAGAAAUCUCAGAGGUCUAAAAACAAAUCGGUUCUAGCAGAGGAGAGUUUAGUGAAGGUGUUUUCAUCAAGAACCCAUCAUACUCAUGGAACAGUUGUUCACCCACAUGAAAGCACUUCUGAGAAUAGCUAUGGGAUUCAGCAGAUAUCACGAUUUGAGAUGUUGACCAAUUUGCAGAAACAUCGUGGAUUAGUCGAGAUUGAAAACAUGCCUCAAUUGAGGCUUGCCCCACCAGCUGUGUACCAUGAAAAGGUUAAGCACGGACCUGUUCUGUCACCAGGAGAGAGCAGCAGUGAUCUUGUGAGAACAGAGAAACAAAGUAAAAUCAAGCAACUCAGGGAGGUAAAAGUAAAAGGAUCAUCUCUUCGGUUUCCCUUGAAAACAAACUUAUUUGGUAAUGGCAAGGACAAGAUCAGCAGGCGAUGAUACUAUUGCCAUCUACAACUAACAAGUAACAAUACUGGAGUUGGAUUCUGCAGAGGCUGUCCAAUAAUAUCUAGUAGGCACUAACCAUGCUAGCUGAGUUUUAACCCGUUUUCCCUCCGUUUCCUGUAUUCUUUUUAAUCCUUCUGUGCUUCUAUUUAGAUCUGUUGUAAAUACUUUGUAAAGUACCACAAAUUUUGUAAAUGAUUUAUAGAAAGGCAUCUGCCAUUUUGUAGUAAAUCAAAUAUAUUCCUUCCA